CCCAAAAGACGUGAUUGACUUCUCUUUGUAUUACUCGGUACAGCUCCUUACCCGUAACGGCAGCUGUGGCUCCAAAAAGCCCACUCACAUGGAAUAGCUCUGGUAUACAUACGGCUAAUACCUGCAUCUAACUGAGUCUGGCUUCCUCGGUCGUAGAUUGGAAGAGGGAGAUCUGCAGUCCCCUUGACUAGUCCCUGUCCCAUCCAACCUACCUACCGUUUCCGUUAAUUCACGAUCACAACCUGCUCAGCUCUGGUAUUUUAUAAAUACCUACCCUUCUGCUCAGCCUGUUUGGAAUAUUUGUUUGCUCACCAUCCUCGGGCUGCAAGGAGGUUUCUAGUUAUAGUAACAGCUUCUCCCUUUUGAACAUAUAUCAUACAUACUCACUCUCUCGCUAUCUCCAUUCACUCUUUUUUACAGCAUUCUUUAGCACUGUAUAUUCUAUCCCGAUCAAAACACUUCCAAGACAUAUAUUCAAUAUGGUUGGCACAGUUAGCACUAUUGCCCUUGCGGCUGCGGUCGCCGGCAUUGCGACGGCGUCUCCCGCGCGUCCACCUAAGGUUGGGACUUUCUCUGUCCCUCAAGUUAAGAACCCGGGCUUCAAGCCCCAUGGCCCGGCACAGUUAGCUAGAGCGUACCUUAAGUAUGGUGUCAAGCUUCCGGACGGGCUGUCUAGGAUUAUGGCCGAUUUGAAGGUCUUCCGACGCGAUAGCGGAAGUGUCAAGGCUACUCCAGAGCAGUACGAUAUUCAGUAUCUAACUCCUGUCUCGAUUGGAACCCCACCUCAGGAGCUUAACCUAGACUUCGAUUCCGGCUCAUCGGAUCUCUGGGUAUUCAGCACUGAACAAUCCAAAAGCAGCAUCAACGGCCAGACUCCGUAUAACCCAAGCGGUAGCAGUACUGCUAAGAAAGUCAGCGGCGCCAGCUGGGACAUCUCAUACGGUGACGGCAGCUCAUCAAGCGGCGACGUCUACACUGACGUCGUUACCGUCGGUGGUGUUACAUUCAAGAACCAGGCUGUUGAGGCUGCAAAGAAGGUCUCCUCCCAAUUUACGAGCGACAGCAACAACGACGGCCUGCUAGGCCUCGCCUUCAGCAGCAUCAACACGGUGACGCCUAAGCCGCAGAAGACUUUCUUCGAUAACGUUGCAUCCAGCCUAGAUACCGCGGCUUGGACCGCUGAUCUCAAGUACCACGACGCCGGUACUUACGACUUUGGAGUCGUUGAUAAGUCCAAGUACACUGGUGACAUCACCUACACAGACGUUGAUAACAGCCAAGGAUUCUGGUCUUUCACUAGCUCCGGAUACGGCAUCGGUAACACCAGCUUCAAGUCAAGCCCGUUCGCGGGUAUCGCUGACACCGGCACUACUCUUGCUCUGUUGCCCGACUCUAUCGUGACUGCGUACUACCGCCAGGUGUCGGGUGCGAAGCUAGACAAUCAACAGGGUGGCUACGUAUUCCCCUGCUCCGCCAGCCUACCUGACUUCGUCUUCGGCGUCGAAAAUGCCAAGUUCAGCAUCCCCGGUCAGUACAUCAACUACGCCCCUGUUGACGACUCCACCUGCUUCGGCGGCAUCCAGUCCGACGACGGCAUCGGCUUCUCUAUCUUCGGUGACGUUGCCUUGAAGGCGGCCUUCGUCGUCUUCGACAAUUCCGAGGGAAGCCCAAGACUGGGUUUCGCCAAGAAGAACUUGUAAAUGGCGGGGGUGUUCCCUCCCUGGUCAGGUGCUAGGGUGUACACAACAUCUAAGAGCGCACUCAAACGCAGUGCAUGUUAUGAACGGAUAGUUUGACGGGGGCUGGAUUUGAAACGACUCUUAUACUUGUAUAUGAUUGAUGCAACUCGAGUGCAUGGGCAUUCUUGUUAAAAUGCGACGCCCUGUAUAUCACUUCUCUAUAAUGAAUUUAACCUGAGCAUUUCGAAUUACCGAAAUUGAAUAUCUUCUUGUACCAAGUGCAAGCAAUAACAUCGCCCAAGCCUUCCUUGUUGCAACGUAGAAUUAUGCUGAUAUUAAUUUACCUAGGUACCUAUGUACGAAUCUCCUAUCCCGAUUAUCUGUACUUAACAGUUCAUCUUAGACCCCACUAGAGAGAUUGUGAUUUUCUACCCUACAGGAUACCGACCGAUCGCCCUAGCAAUCACCAUUUUUGCACUGAAAGAGC